AUGGCGUCCGCCGAGGACCAGGCCGCGGCCGCCGCGCUGCUGGGGGGCGACCCGGCGGCGUUCGACGCGCUGCUCUCGACGCUCAUGUCGUCGUCCAACGCCGACCGCUCCGCCGCCGAGGCCGCUUUCCACCGCCUCCGGGCCUCGCACCCGGAGCCCCUCGCGCUGCGGCUCGCCACCUCGCUCGCGGCGCCCGCCACCCCCGCCGACCUGCGCGCCAUGGCGGGGGUCCUCCUCCGCAAGGUCCUCUCCCCGACCCCGUCCUCCGACGCAUCCUCCAACAACGCAGCCACGCCCCCGGCGCCGCUCUGGCCGCAGCUCUCCCCCGCGGGCCAGACCGCGCUCAAGGCGCACCUCCUCUCCGCGCUCCAGUCCGAUCCUCCCAAGCCCAUCGCCAAGAAGGUCUGCGACGCCGUCUCUGAGCUCGCCGCCUCGCUGCUGCCCGAGAACGCCUGGCCCGAGCUGCUGCCGUUCCUCUUCCGCGCUGCGUCGGGGCCCGAGGCGCCCAACCUCCAGGAGUCAGCACUGCUCAUCUUCGCGAGGCUGGCGGAUUACAUCGCGGAAUCGCUCCUCGACCAUCUGAUGACUAUCCACAACCUCCUCGCCUCCGCCCUGGCGCAUCCCACGUCCCCUGAUGUUCGGAUUGCGGCCCUGGGUGCCGCAGUCAACCUCGUCCAGUGCCUGCCAACCAACUCCGACCGGGAUAAGAUGCAGGAUUUGCUCCCAGCAAUGAUGAGGGCGCUCACUGAUUGCCUAAACUCUGGCCAGGAGGCCUCUGCGCAGGAGGCACUGGAGCUGCUCGUGGAGCUUGCUGGCGCUGAGCCAAGGUUCCUGAGGAGGCAGAUUGCUGAUGUGGUGGGGGCAAUGUUGCAAGUUGCUGAGGCUGCACAGCUGGAAGAUGGGACCAGGCACUUGGCGGUGGAGUUUGUGAUUACCCUUGCCGAGGCCAGGGAGCGUGCACCAGGAAUGAUGCGGCGACUCCCGCAGUUUGUUGGUAGGCUGUUUGCAGUGCUGAUGCAGAUGCUGCUUGAUGUCGAGGAUGACCCUGCUUGGCACUCUGCUGAAACUGAAGAUGAGGACGCAGGGGAAGGGAACAACUAUGGAGUGGCACAGGAGUGCCUUGACCGCCUUGCCAUUGCCAUUGGUGGGAACGCAAUUGUGCCUAUUGCAUCUGAGCUGCUACCACAGUACCUGUCUGCUCCUGAGUGGCAGAAGCACCAUGCUGCGCUCAUUACACUUGCACAGAUUGCGGAAGGAUGUGCAAAGGUUAUGCUUAAAAGUUUGGAACAAGUUGUUUCGAUGAUAUUGAAUGGAUUUCAACAUCCCCACCCACGUGUGAGAUGGGCUGCUAUCAAUGCCAUUGGUCAGCUCUCUACGGAUUUGGGUCCAGAUCUUCAAGUUCAUUACCACCAGCAGGUGCUGCCUGCAUUGGCAAAUGCUAUGGAUGAUUUCCAGAAUCCACGAGUCCAGGCACAUGCAGCUUCAGCGAUUUUGAAUUUUAGUGAGAAUUGUACACCGGAAAUUUUGACGCCUUACUUGGAUGGAAUUGUGAACAAAUUACUUGUUCUUCUCCAGAAUGGCAAGCAAAUGGUGCAGGAGGGAGCAUUGACAGCUCUAGCGUCAGUAGCAGAUUCGUCACAGGAUCACUUCAAGAAAUACUAUGAUUCUGUCAUGCCAUACCUAAAAUCUAUCUUGAUGCAUGCAACUGAUAAGUCCAAUAGGAUGCUUCGUGCCAAGUCCAUGGAGUGCAUAAGUUUGGUAGGAAUGGCUGUGGGUAAGGAUAAGUUCAGAGACGACGCAAGGCAGGUUAUGGAAGUACUUAUGGCUUUGCAAGGAGCUCCAAUGGAAACUGAUGAUCCAAUUACCAGCUACAUGUUGCAGGCUUGGGCCAGGCUAUGCAAAUGUCUUGGACAGGAUUUCCUUCCUUACAUGAGUGUUGUUAUGCCUCCACUGCUUCAGUCUGCUCAGCUGAAGCCUGAUGUUACAAUUACUUCAGCCGAAUCAGAUGACGAUAUUGAAUCAGAUGAUGAUAGCAUAGAAACAAUCACACUUGGUGACAAAAGAAUAGGAAUCCGAACUAGUGUGCUGGAAGAGAAAGCAACAGCUUGCAACAUGCUGAGCUGCUAUGCUGAUGAGCUUAAGGAGGGUUUCUUCCCAUGGAUUGAUCAGGUUGCCCCAACGUUGGUCCCUCUGCUGAAGUUUUACUUCCAUGAGGAAGUCAGGAGAGCUGCUGUUGCAGCCAUGCCCGAACUCCUACGCUCGGCAAAGUUGGCUGUUGAGAAGGGGCAGGCUCAAGGCCGUGAUCAGUCUUAUGUUAAACAGUUGUCUGACUACAUAAUUCCGGCACUUGUUGAAGCACUGCACAAGGAGCCAGAAACAGAAAUGUGCUCAUCCAUGCUGGAUUCUUUAAACGAGUGUAUGCAGCUUUCUGGUCUUCUGCUUGAUCAAACCCAAGUACGAGCUAUCUCGGAUGAGAUUAAAAAUGUCAUUAUAGCCAGCGCCACCCGGAAAAGAGAACGUUCUGAGAGAACAAAAGCGGAAGAUUUUGAUGCUGAUGAAGGAGAGCUACUCAAAGAAGAGAAUGAACAGGAGGAGGAAGUAUUUGAUCAGGUCAGCGAGUGCCUAGGGACUUUGAUUAAAACCUUCAAAGGUUCUUUCUUGCUGUUUUUUGAAGAGCUCUCUAUGUACAUUACACCAAUGUUGGGAAAAGAUAAAACACCCGAAGAGAGAAGGAUAGCUAUCUGUAUUUUUGAUGAUGUUGCAGAGCAAUGCCGUGAAUCAGCUUUGAAGUAUUAUGACACAUACCUUCCUUUCCUUUUGGAGGCAUCAAACGACGAAAAUUCAGAUGUUCGGCAGGCUGCUGUCUAUGGUGUGGGUGUAUGUGCCGAGUUUGGUGGUCAUGUUUUUCGCCCUCUAGUAGGAGAGGCCCUAUCGAAAUUAAACAAUGUUAUAAGACAUCCUGAGGCACGACUUCCUGAUAAUAUCAUGGCAUAUGAUAAUGCUGUUUCGGCACUUGGAAAAAUAUGCCAAUUUCAUCGUGAUGGUAUUGAUGCAGCUCAGGUUGUUCCAGCUUGGCUUAGCUGCUUGCCUAUAAAAGACGACAAGAUUGAAGCUAAAGUUGUACAUGAACAACUUUGCUCAAUGGUGGAGAGGUCGGAUACUGAAAUUCUCGGUCCUCAUAGUCAGUAUCUUCCUAAAAUUGUUUCAAUAUUUGCAGAGGUUUUGUGCAAUGGAACAGAACUCGCCACUGAUGAAACUAGAAACAGGAUGGUGAAUGUCUUGAGGCGUUUCCAGCAGACUUUGCCUCCUGAUUUUCUUGCAUCAACGUUUUCCAACUUGCAACCGCAGCAACAGCUACUGCUACAGUCCAUCUUGUCGACAUAG